GUGGUUGGAACGGAAUGGAAUAAUCUUUUGCGCAUCUUUGUCUACUAAACUUGGAAUAACAAGUUUUACGUAAAGUUUUUUAGAGGAGUUUUCUAAAUCAAUAAGUAUAAUAUUUGGUGUCAAUAUGUCGUAUAAAAUAUAUUCUAAAACUAAUCGUUACGUCCUGGGCAAAAGUUACCUAGGCAAUACUUUCUUUGGUGGCACUAAUCAAGUGGGCAAGGCCAUACAUAUAUCGACAAAUUUGCGAUUCCCGUUAGCAGCUGCUCUAAAGCUGCCGACUAAUGUGGUCGACAUCAAUGCGGCCGAAAUGGGCCGCUUUUCUCCACUGAGGGAACGAGACCUAUCCGGCCCUGUCAUUAAUGCAUAUGACAAGAAACAGGAUUUCUCUCAAAUUGAUAUAACAAGCCAACCCGACCCUCACAUGAACAAGUAUGAUUGUCGUGGAGCUGUAAAUCUUUGCUCUUCAAUGCAGAGCAAUGUGCCGAGCCCUUUCAGUGGGAACCACACGCACUUAAAUAUGCCGGGUUCUCAGUGGGGACAGGGCUACAAAUACUUAUCAGAUCAUCUCCAUAGUGCCCAUUAUCUCACAUUAAGGAAUGAGUACAGGGACAAAGCCUUGAACUCAGCUGUAGUACUGGGAAGAAGAAACAUGAGUACUGUUCCAAAUCCCCCAAUAAGUGCCAAAGAAAAGUUGAAAAAAGCUGUCAAAGAAUAUGGUUCCACUGUGAUAGUAUUUCAUGUCACAAUCUCACUGAUGUCAUUGGGGGGAUGUUAUCUUCUAGUAUCUAGCGGAGUGGAUCUAGUUGCAGUCCUGCAGAAGCUGAAUAUUGGAGAGGGAACUGUUUCAAAAUUGGCAUCAUCAAAUGCUGGAACUUUCGUAAUAGCCUAUGCUGUUCACAAAGUUUUUGCUCCAGUAAGGAUGGCAAUCACAUUAACAGCCACACCAUUUAUUGUGAAAUAUUUAAGGAAUAUAGGGAUAAUAAAAAGACAACUGAAUACUGGUGGUGGGAAGUAAUAAGGUAUCUAGUAUUAGAAAAUGUAUUGUAGCAUUUUAAUGGUGGUAUUAACCCUAGUGUGCUCGCGCUAUGAGAAUUUUGCCACACAUCAUGAAAAAACUGUGAUUACUUGAACAUGGUACAAGUACAUUUGUAAACAUGUUUAUUUUUGUAUUAUGUACUAAGUGUAAGUAAAACUAUAAUAAAUGUUAUUUUUUCUAA